CUGCCAGCUGGGGAGUACCACAAAGUAUUCACGGUCUCUCAGGAGCCCUCCUGCUACAUGUAUAUCUACGUCAACACAACGGAGGUGGCACUUGAGCGGAAUUUCACUCAAUUUCAGGAGUUGCGGGAGAAAGUUCAGAACGGGACUGAAACAGAGCCUCUCCCACCAGAGUUGCAGCCCAUCUUGGAAGAUUCUCUAGAAAACGUGACACAGGCAGAUCCGAUUGUUGAGGCUUUCCUCCACCGCCAGCGACGCAUGGAGGAGCGGCAAAGGAGGCGCAACGCCACCCUGGCUGAGCGACUGCAGCAUUUCGUGAACAAGAAGUACUUCAUUUUCCGCAGGAGCCUCCUGAUGACCUGCAUCUCCCUUCGGAACCUGGUGCUGGGCCGCCCCUCCCUCUCUCAACUGGCCCAGGAGGCCUAUGCCAACAUGAAAGAGGCUGCCCCACAAGAGACGGCCCCCCAGGGGCCUGAGCGCUCGGACCUCUGAAGUGACUCACUACCUCAACCCUCACCACUAGCCGGAAGGCCUUCCUGUGGGCCAAGUCCAGAGGGAUGUAGCCAGGCCUGAGGAGUCCCCUUGUGUUGCUUAGCCAGAGCCCCUUCCUCCCUUUCUGAGAUUGGAGGGGUGGGCUCUGAGCCAGCGUGACCCUCUUCUGCCCUAGAGGGGCUGAGCAGAGCUUAAAACCCUUGCAGCAAACGCUGCAGGAAGGAGGAGGGAGGGAGGGUUUGGUGGGCUCAGCUGGCCAGCACAAUUAUAAUCCCUCUGCGAUGGAAAGAGAUGAGAGAUCCCACUUUGAGAACAGUUGUCUUCUCUUGGGUGGGUCUCCUCAUCCCACCGCGCAGCUGGGAGAAAGGAUUUGGGCAGAGGGGCUGCUUUUAGAAUACCCUGGCGGUUCCUUUAGGAGGACUGAUUGGAUAAGCCCAGGGGGUUUCGGUUCUUUGCGGUUGAGUGGCCAGCUACGCAGCUUGUGGGCGGGAGAGGAAGGAAUGUGUGAAUCCAGCCAGGGACAGAAAAAGCAGCCCUAAUGGCUGCCUCACUCCUCCAUGGAUGUUGGAAUUCUCCCUCUCGCUCCCUGACAUUUCUGUGGGUUACAGAAGCAGAGCUUCCCCUCUAAGGCAGCAGUGCAGUCACGGUCCCCAUCCGAUAAUACCCCACACUUGAGAUCCAGGUCUAGCAACACAAACCCCUAGGGAUUCCCACCUUCUUUGGAGUUUUCUAAGAGAAAGGGCUGGCUGCAUCGCAUGGGAUUAAGGCAAGAAGAGCCUUAUUUUUCUAAUUAAAAACAGCAUUGUUCAAAAGUC